AUGAUCAUCAUCAUCGGAGGCGGCAUCUCCGGCAUGGCGAUGGCCUGCCAGCUCAAACGCCAGUUCAAUCUGGACGAGUACACCAUCUACGACCGUCAACCGGCUCUUGGAGGCUGCUGGAUGGCCAAUCAAUACCCUGGCUGCGCAGUAGAUGUCCCUGGAUGCACAUAUACCCUCUCGUUCGCCCCCCAACCGACCUUCAGCAAGAUGUUCCCCUCCCAGCCCGAGAUCCUGGACUAUCUGACCCGCGUGGCGAGACAAUACGGCGUGGAUAGGCAUUUCCGGGGAUCGACAGAAUGGAAGGGCGCCUGCUGGCAUGAGAAGACCCAGAGCUGGACUGUCGAACUGCAGGAUCUACAAACGGGCAAGCUCUUUACUCGGGAAUGUUCCAUUCUCAUCUCUGCCGUUGGGGGGAUCGUCAAUCCGAAUACAUUGAAUGUCAAAGGGGUGGAUAGCUUUCAAGGAGAGAUCCUCCAUACCGCUCGCUGGAGGGAUAUCGAUUUACGGGAUAAGAAUGUCGCCGUGAUCGGGAAUGGAGCUUCUGCCCUGCAGCUUGUCCCGGCGAUUCUCAAACAGACCAAUUCCGUCACACAAUUUAUGCGGACCCCCCAUCAUGUUGUUCCUGCAAAGAACUACGACAUCCCCCCGACAUUGCAACUCCUGCUGCGGAUUCCGCUGGUGUGGUACAUUGUGCGACUCUUCAUGCUGCUCUACCUCGAGCGAGGCUUCUUCCAGUUCCGCUCUGAAGCCGGCAAGGCCAGACGCGCAGCCUCGGAGAAAGAGAGCAGGGAAUAUGUUGAGAAAAUGGCUCCUGCUCGAUACUUGGAUCUGCUCAUUCCAAAAUAUGAAUUCGGCUGCAAGAGACGGGUUUUUGAUCGAGACUAUCUGUCUGCACUGCACGAUGAGAAGAUGACGCUGACGAACGACCCGAUUGUCGAAAUCACAUCCUCAUCCAUCAUUACAAAGUCAACAGAAGUUCCAGUGGACGUAAUCAUCCUUGCCAAUGGUUUCGCCUUGACACACUACGAUACACCCGUCCAGGGCCGCCUGCAAAGCAGAGAACAACAUUGGGCGGGAUACGGGCAUAAGGCGACAUACAAGACCGUCGCUAUGAGUGGGUUUCCUAAUUUCUUCUACCUGCUCGGCCCGAACUCAGGCAGACUCUAUACUUCUACCGUCCAGAUUAUUGAAAGGUGA